AUGACUGCGGAUGGUGUUUAUACUACGAAGACGGGUUAUGCGUUUGUCCGCCAACACAAGGUUCGUAAUGAGGCUACCUCGUCUUUGAGCACGGUUGAUAGCGGAAGAAACCAACACAACAGCUAUUGGAAAUCCAUAUGGCACGCCCCGUCCUUACCUAGAGUCAAGGGUGUUAUUUGGCAUGCAACCAUGGGAAUAUUACCGGUGCGUCAGGCUUUGUGGAAACGUGGGAUUGACGUCGAGGAUGGCUGCUCGUUCUGCAUGGAGCAUGAGGAGACAAUAAUACAUGUGCUCUUUGAGUGCCCUGUGGUUAGCCGAUGGUGGUUUGCAUCCCCCUUGGCGGAACAACACAGUUCAUCGCGGGACCGAGGCCCCAAUUUUGAGGUGUUGUUGCACCGUUUGACAGCAUUGAUGUGCCCUGACGAUGGUGAGAUUGUAGCGCCCACGCCGGUAAGCGAGUAUACCUUCAGGACGACGUGGAGGAGGUCGCUUGGGAACACGAUAAAGCUUAAUUUUGAUGCCUCAUGGACAGCUGCAUCAGGAGCAGGUUUUGGUAUGGUUGCUAGGAACCACAAUGGUGACAUUAUGGCAGCCGCGGCUUCUAGUUCAGUGGAUGCUCAGUCUGCAUUAAUGGUUGAAGCUUUGGCUUUCCGAUGGUGUAUGUCUUUAGCCCGAGAUCUUGGCUUCUUCCGAGUGAUUCUAGAAACGGACUGCUUGCAAUUAUUUGAGACUUGGAAGAAGAACAAGCGUGGUGACUCUUAUUUGUUUUCUAUUUUGCGUGAUUGUCGAGACAUGGUCUCUUACUUUAAUUGUUUUGAGUUCUUUUGUUCGUCGUUCUGGCAACAGUGUAGCUGA